UUUCAGUACACGCGCGCGGACCGUCACUCCGCAAAAUUCAAACGGUUUAAUUUGCCCGUGGCGCCAUCUGUUGUUGAGUUGACAAGUCUCUUUUCCACGUCAUCCGUAGACCGCGUGUGCAUUUCACUGUUUACUGUUUGACAGAGAGUACGAAGUAAAUAGUUGUUGUUAAUAGUAAAUAGUUGUUCUUGUUUUAUAUUAUUAUUAAGUAGAUUUUAGUUAGUGUUAGUUAGUAAUAGUGUUUUGUGUUUAGUAAAGACUUAAUAGUAGUGUAAGUAAAUAGGUUAUUGUGGAGUAUUGUUUGGUUAAAACAGUUUUCAGAAUGUGUUCCAAUAAAGACGAUGAGGUGCAACUGGAAACGUUUUUAAACAGUUUCACAUUGGAUGAUGCAGCAAUCGACCCACAGUACGAGGACGAUGAAGACGAUGAUGAAGCAGAUCAUUUGGAAGAGAGAACGGAGUGCACAGACACUGAAGAAGAGAUCUCAGAUACUGAGGAGGAUUUCGGUACAUCACCGACUUCAGACGCCUUUUAUGUAUGUAAAGACGGAGUGACAAAAUGGAACAAAAAAUUAGCACCGAAACAUGAAAGAGUGCCUGAAAAUUUAUUGAAGCAUUUACCUAGUCCUAGAACCGCCACUAAAAAUCUCAUAUCUGAAAUAGAUAUUUGGAGCUAUUUUUUCAAUGAAGGUAUGUUGAAGGUUAUAGUUGAUUGCACAAAUCAACACAUAAGUGGCACCAAAUCACACUUUAGUCGAGAAAGGGAUGCUGAAGAUACAAAUAUUCAUGAAAUUAAGGCGUUGUUGGGCUUAAUAUAUAUGGCUGGAGUUUUGAAAGCAAAUCGAUUGAAUGCCAGAGAAUUAUUCAGCACUCAGGGAUGUGGAAUAGAAAUAUUUCGCCUGACAAUGUCGAUAAAUAGAUUUUUAUUUCUUAUGCGUAAUGUCCGUUUCGACAACAAGGAAACUCGUGAGCAACGAAAAGAAAUCGAUAAAUUAGCGCCAAUUCGCCAGAUUUUUGAUAAUUUUGUCGUAAACUGUCAAAGUGCUUACAGCCCGUUUCAUUGUGUCACCAUCGAUGAAAAGUUGGAAGGUUUUCGAGGACGCUGUUCGUUCAAGCAAUACAUACCUAGCAAGCCGAAUAAAUAUGGCAUAAAAAUUUUCGCGCUAGUAGACGCCAAAUGCUAUUUUACUACCAAUUUAGAAGUCUAUGUUGGCAAGCAACCAGAUGGGCCAUAUGCUGUGGACAACUCUGCCAGCGCUGUUGUACAGAGAUUGUGCGAACCAAUAAACGAAUCAGGUAGAAAUGUUACUACCGAUAACUGGUUUACCAGUAUACAGUUACUGGAAGCUUUAAAGGAAAAAAAACUCACAUUAUUGGGUACAAUACGAAAAAAUAGAAAAGGGUUACCAAAAGAAUUCACACAACCACCAAAAUCCAGAGCUGUAAUGUCCACCCUGUUCGGAUUUCGCGACAACGCUACUUUAGUAUCGUAUAAACCGAAAAAAAAUAAAAAUGUUUUAUUAAUUUCAAGUGGACAUCAUGACGACGGCAUUGACGAAAAUACUCAGAAGCCAAAUAUGAUCCUUGAUUACAACAACACAAAGGGCGGUGUUGAUACUGUGGAUAAGUUGUGUGCAAGUUAUAAUUGUGCAAGGAUUACACGAAGAUGGCCGAUGGUGGUUUUUUAUGCACUAUUAAAUAUUGCUGGGAUUAAUAGUAUUGUUAUCCAUAAAUUUAAUAAUCCGACAGUGACACAACCGAGAAGAACAUUUCUAAGAAAUUUGUCAAUGGCAUUAAUUGAUGGUCAUCUUCGGCAGCGAGCUCAGCUUCAUUGUCUUCCCAGGCAAAUGUCAUCCAGGAUUAGAGAAAUUACGGGAUAUGAAGAGCCACUACAAGGAGCUGCAGCAACACCGAGCGAUGAAAAUAUUCCAAAGCGAGGUCGCUGUGCAUAUUGCGACAGGAGAAAAAACCGGCCGACAAAAUAUUCCUGUACAACUUGUCAAAAAUUUAUGUGUUUAGAACAUUGUACAAUCGUUUGUGAAGAAUGUUUUAAUAAAGACGAAAUUUUCUAAAUAUA